AUGAUAAUAUUUUCUGGAAAUCCUGAAUGUCCAAAAUUUGCUCAUGCUGUAAGAGUGGCGCAAUAUUUGGCCAGUAGAUUGCCAAAAUUUGAGUACAAGAUGAUUUUAAAAUUGGACAUGAAUUGGAAGGCUUUCUUAGAAGAAAUAAAUGCAGAAAACGAUUGGCAUUUUACCUCAAGUCCAGUUAUUUGGGAGGAAAUAAUACCAGGAGGAAAAAAAUAUAAAAUUGGGGAGUUAGGUGAUUUUUGGGAAUAUGUUUAUAACUAUUAUGGUUUGGUAUCGUUUUUAAGUACUGAGGAGCUGCAAAGUAUCAUUGAUGAAAAUAUUGAGGCUUAUCAUGAUGAAAAAUGCACGUUUGUUGAUAAACCAGGAAGAAGAAUUAUAAGUAUUUGCGGAGCUUCUAGUGAAAUAACAGAUUAUUUACUAAACGAAUUAAUAAAUCUUAAGUCAGUUUAUACUGACAAGGGUUUGGAAAUAAAGUUGCAUGAUAAAAACCUAAACGAUUUUGAAGUAAAAGAAAAAGUAUACGAUUCAGCCUAUAAAAUAAACCACAUGGGUAUUAUGGGGAAAAAAUCUUUUGUUAAACCAGAACCUGAUUGUGAACAGGCUAUUUUGGGAUGCGAUCUUUUAAUUUUUUUGGGCGAAUAUAGUCCUAUAAAGUGA